UUGCCACACCAACACUCAACAGACACUCGCCAAACUCACAAUGUCGAUCCUGUUAGUUCUAUUGUCCGUUGCGCUGCUGGGCUUCGCUGCUGGUGGCCGUCUCGACCAUCUUACGGGGUACUCCGGAGGUUUCAAUGCUGGCCCCUCCCGCUUCGAAAACGUCAACAAUGGCGAUGGGACUUACCGAUUCAGCUAUGACACCCCGACUGGCAUAUCAGCUCACGAGAGCGGCGCGCCUCGCGCGUCGGGUCCCGAGGGCCCAGCUGUCACAUCGGAAGGAGGUUUCUCGUACCGAGCGCCCGACGGCCAGCAGAUCUCAAUCUCGUACACCGCGGACGAAAACGGCUUCCACCCCACUGGGUCCCAUAUACCCACCCCGCCGCCCAUCCCUGAUGCUAUCCUCCGCUCGCUGGAGUACAACAGACAGCAUCCUUCAUCAGACAAUGGCGCUUACAACGGUGGACGGAACUCCUACCGCUACUGAAAGAAACUUGUGUAAAAAAUAUGAAAAUGGACUUACAGCGACAACAUAAAUUAUAGCAUACCUCAAAGCCAUGAACUGUGAUAUCAUCGCAAAAUAACUUAUUAAUAUUUAUUUCAUAAAUA